AUGAAGAUCUACAUCAGGGAAGCCAUGGAGUCCAGCAGCUUGGACCUGAUGGAGUCCAGCAGCUGGCCACAGCUGGGUUCCUGUAAGCACCCUCACAUCUUCAGGGUGGUGAUCAACGGCAGCUCUUUUGAUGUGGAUCGAAGACUUCUUGCUGAGAACUGUGAGUACUUUAGAGCUCUGUUCCAGUCUGGGAUGAGAGAGUGCCGACAGGACGAGAUCCAGCUGAGUUGUGUGGGGGCUCUGGGCUUCCUGGUCCUGCUGCAGGUCCUUGACAGGAAGCAGCCUAUGCUAAAUAGUGAUCAGAUCGUAGAAGCCAUCGAGUGUGCAGCCUUCCUGCAGGUGCCAGCCCUGACUAAACACCUCAUUAGUUUAAUCAAUUCUGACAACUGCCUGCUGAUGUACCACACUGCAUCCACCUUUGGGGUCUGGGAUCUGUCACACAGCUCGGCGCUGUUCAUCAGAGACCUCUCCCCUGACCUGCAGGACGAGAUCCACGCCUUACCAUGUGCCCUGGUGGACUACAUCGAGUCCCUACAGCCCAGAAGCUACAUGGCCGUGUGCAGCCACUCACCCUCCUCUGAGCUGCUGAAGGACCUCCAGAGAACCGUCUGCUACCUGGACGAGACCAGCAGAGACUGGAAGGUCCUGACUCACCUUCCUUUGAGCACCAGCACCACCAUGGCCGGUUUGGCUGUCCUGGACAACAAACUCUACAUCAUGGGAGGGGUGCACAAUGUGAGCAAGAAGGUGGUAGAGACUGGUUUCUGUUACUGUCCUGCAGCCAACACUUGGUCCAUCGUCUGCGGCCCCCAACAGCUACGCUACAACUUCAGUCUGAUUGGUCAUGACGGCUGCCUGUACGCACUGGGGGGCGAGUCCAACAUGAAGGCACUGUCGUCUGUGGAGAGAUACAGAGUAUCUGAUGGAAGCUGGAGGUCUGUAUCCCCCCUGCCGUCCCCUGCAGCCUCAGUGGUCUCUGCAAUAACCAUGAACAGGAUCUUUAUCUGUCUCUGGAGGGGUCAAGGGGCCACAGAUAUACAUGAGUACGUACCUGAACAGGACAGGUGGCUGCUGGUCACCACACUAAUCCGCCAGCACAGUUAUGGUCUCCAUAUGGUGGCCCAUAAGGACAAUCUGUAUGUGAUGCGUAAUGGGCCUUGUGAGGAUUUUUUACAAUGUGUGAUGGAUCGCUACAACCUGAGCUCGGGGCAGUGGACGGCCAUGUUGGGCCAGUACGGGAACAGUAAAAGUUCCCUGUUCACCGCCGUGGUCCGAGGAGACUCAGUGUUCACGCUCAGCCGAGAGGCGACCACAGAGUUCACUGUAGAGGACCAAACAUGGAGGCUGAAGCGUGAAAUGAACGGUUUCGGAAGAAUUGGAUCUAUAUAUACAUUUCUAAUGAGGCUGCCUAAAACCAGAGCCCCCUUUAUAGAGAACUCUGUGGAUCAGAACCUGGAGAAAAACCUCAGAGACAUCAGAAGCUGUCACAGAAUCUCCCCACAGUGUCCUGAUAACCUAUGA